ACAAAACUCGAGGCGUGAACGUGGCAGCCAUUUUACAUCAUCAAGAGUGAAUGACUGAAGCCGGACCAGUGCCGGGACUUUUACACUUUUACUGUCUUUUAAGUAUCUAAUCUACCCUUCAAAACAAUCCGCAUCACACGCGUUGGUGAUCCAGCGGCAGAUUUCUGGAGACAUGGCCACAGAGCAUAUAAAUGGAAAUGGUCCAGAAGAUCCAAUGGACACCUCUGCUGCAGUUACCCAUUCUGAGCACUUCCAGACUUUAUUAGAAGCUGGUUUACCACAGAAAGUUGCUGAAAAACUAGAUGAAAUUUACCUAGCAGGUUUGGUGUCUCACAGUGAUCUUGAUGAUCGAGCUAUUGAGGCUCUGAAAGAAUUCAACGAAGAAGGUGCUCUUCAAGUAUUGUUACAGUUUAAGGACAGUGACCUCUCACAUGUUCAGAACAAAAGUGCCUUUCUUUGUGGCGUGAUGAAGACCUACAGACAGAGAGAGAAACAGGGGACCAAAGUGUCGGACACUAUUAAAGGACCAGAUGAAGCAAAAAUUAAAGCUCUACUGGAAAGGACUGGCUACACACUUGACGUGACAACAGGCCAGCGAAAGUAUGGAGGUCCCCCACCAGAGUGUGCUCACUCUGGCACACAGCCCUCUGUUGGUACAGAGAUUUUUGUAGGCAAAAUCCCCAGAGACCUUUUUGAGGAUGAGCUUGUUCCACUCUUUGAAAAAGCUGGCCCCAUCUGGGACCUGCGUCUUAUGAUGGAUCCUUUCAGUGGCCUGAACCGAGGCUAUGCCUUUGUCACUUUCUGCACUAAAGAAGCCGCACAGCAAGCUGUCAAAUUGUGCAAUAAUAAUGAAAUACGACCAGGAAAACAAAUCGGAGUGUGUAUCUCUGUGGCCAAUAACAGGCUUUUUGUUGGGUCUAUUCCUAAGAGUAAAACAAAAGAGCAGAUUGUUGAAGAAUUUGCAAAAGUCACAGAGGGCCUAAAUGAUGUCAUUUUGUACCACCAACCGGAUGAUAAGAAGAAGAACCGAGGCUUUUGUUUUCUGGAGUAUGAGGACCAUAAGACGGCUGCACAAGCACGCCGGAGACUUAUGAGCGGCAAAGUUAAGGUGUGGGGAAAUGUGGUCACAGUAGAAUGGGCUGACCCUAUUGAGGACCCAGAUCCUGAAGUCAUGGCCAAGGUUAAGGUGCUGUUUGUUAGAAAUCUGGCUAGCACUGUUACAGAAGAGAUACUUGAAAAGACUUUCAGUCAGUUUGGCAAACUGGAACGUGUGAAAAAGCUUAAGGAUUACGCAUUCAUCCACUUUGAAGAAAGGGAUGGUGCUGUGAAGGCUCUGGCUGAUUUGAAUGGAAAAGAACUUGAGGGGGAGCAUAUUGAAAUUGUCUUCGCAAAACCCCCUGAUCAGAAGAGAAAAGAGCGUAAAGCUCAAAGACAAGCUGCCAAAACACAAAUGUAUGAUGAUUACUACUACUAUAUGCCUCCCCACAUGGCCCCACCCACCAGGGGCAGAGGGCGAGGUGGACGAGGCGGUUACACAUACCCUCACGAUUAUUAUUGUUAUGAAGACUACUAUGAUUACUAUGGAUAUGACUAUCAUAACUACCGUGGAGGCUAUGAUGACCCAUAUUAUGGAUAUGAAGACUUCCAAGGGUCUGGGAGAGGCCGGGGAGCUCGAGGGGGAAUUCGAGGAACCACCAGUCAAACACGCGGCCGUGCGGUUGUUACACGUGGCCGCAUGGGAUUCUCUCAACGAGGUGGGCCUGGAACUACCCGAGCAGGGAAGCGAGGCCGGGCACGCUCCUGACCUGUGCCUGUGGAUACUGACUUGAUGAGUGGGGUUACACCGUAAGCUGCAAUGGAUGUUAAUACAAAAGAGCAUGACACAAGGUCCAAUGAUAUUCCAGCCUUACAAAGAAGCAUUUCCCUCCCCAUGUUUUUUUUUUUCUUUUUGAAACUGCCACCUUAAAAAGAUUUAGGAUUUAUUACAGGCCAUGGCCUUUGUCCAGAGCUGAUACAGGGCUUGCUGCCCAAACAAUCUACCCCUUCCCUGUCCCUAAAAUGCCAUUUUAAAAAAGAUAAUUAUUGAUGAAUUUGCACUUUUAAGUUUCUUAGGUUUGAAGUGGCUCGAAGGAGCUUGAUGCUAUGUAUAUGUUUGUGCUAUUUGCAAUUUUAUUAUUGUCGGAAUAUCCAUGUUAAUCUUAAAUGUUUGAUCUGGAUGUUUGAAUGAGAAAGAACAUUUGCAGGUUUUUAAGGUGUACCCACCUGGCAUGGAUAAGUCAGGCAUUCCAGGAACGUGGUUCUUUUCAGAACUUGUCUUUAAAGGGUUGGUUGACUACCUCAGUACAGAGGACUAAACUACCCGGCCUGUACUGUAAAUAGGGAAACUAUGUUGAUGAAAGCAGGGUUUGUUUUAAAAUAAAAUAUGCACAAGAGCUGCAGCGAAAACGAUGUACUUAAUGUAAUAUAAUCAUUUCAGCUGCAGCUCAGACACUGCUAACAGUCAAACUGGGCAUGCAAAAUUAUCUCAUGUGAUGAGUAUAAACAAACCCUGCUUUUAUCUUAUUUUGAACUGAAUUGGCUGCAAUGCCUUUUCAGAAUAUGUAGUUACUGGUUGUAUAGUUUUUGGAUAAAUGUUACUUUUGUAAAGGCUUAAACAUCACAGGUAUCCAAUUGCCUUUGAUUUAACAAAAAAUACACACAAAAUAAUAAAAAAUAAAGCCCUGCAGUGUCCCUUUUGUGCCACGGUAACUUGACAGUGAUCUUACCUUCUGGAUGAAAACCAGUUUUAAAUGUCAAAUGAUCAUGUAACACUCGAGAUUCAAGAUAAAAAAAAAUGAAGUUUCCAUUUGAUGGAGUUUUGCUCUACAAAUGGAUUGCCCACCUGUAGUUUGUUUGGUACAAACUACAGGGGCUGAAGGGAUACUGCAGUGAGUUUCUAUUUCCACAUAGCAAAAAGGAAACUGUGCUUCAGUCCCAGUUUUCUACAGUUAACUCCCUCGUAAAAAAAAAAAAAAUCAUUACCAACUUUUGAAAAAAGAAAAAAUGUUAGCAGUUUUAAACUAUUGUUGGUGGCCAACAUCAUUUUUUGCAUUCCUGCAAAUUGUUUUAUACUGUAAAAUGGAGGUGAGUGUAACUUAUUUUUGUAAUAAAGUUUUUGAUUUCUA